GAGGGGUCCUCUCUCGCAGCCGGUUGUGAGCGGGAGGCCUGAGCUGGGAGCUUUAGCGGCUGUGGAAAUUCUUGGUGGCUGAAGCGGAGCGCUAUGGAGGAACUCGACGGCGAGCCGACGGUCACUUUGAUUCCAGGAGUGAAUUCCAAGAAGAAGCAAAUGUGUUUUGACUGGGGUCCAGGAGAGAUGCUGGUGUGUGAAACCUCCUUCAACAAAAAAGAAAAAUCAGAGACUGUGCCAGGUUGCCCCUUUAUCUAUAUCAUCCGAAAGGAUAUAGAUGUUUACUCUCAGAUCUUGAGAAAACUCUUCAAUGAAUCCCAUGGAAUCUUUGUGGGCCUCCAGAGAAUUGAAGAAGAAUUGACUGGAAAAUCCAGAAAAGCUCAACUUCCUUGCUUUUUGUCACUACAAGAUGCUCCAUGUUCCUGUUGUAUGUCAUUUCAUUUUUGUAGAUUGGUCCGAGUGAGUAAGAACUACCGAUCAGUCAUAAGAGCCUGUAUGGAGGAAAUGCACCAGGCUGCAAUUGCUGCUAAAGAUCCAGCCAGUGGUCGCCAGUUCAGCAGCCAGGUCUCCAUUUUGUCAGCAAUGGAGCUUAUUUGGAAUCUUUGUGAGAUUCUUUUUAUUGAAGUAGCCCCAGCCGGCCCUCUCCUCCUCCACCUCCUUGACUGGGUCCGACUGCAUGUAUGUGAGGUGGACAGUUUGUUGGCAGAUGUCCUGGGCAGUGAGAAUCCAAGCAAGCAUGAGAGCUUCUGGAACUUGGUGACCAUCUUGGUGCUACAGGGCCGGCUGGAUGAGGCCCGGCAGAUGCUCUCCAAAGAAGCCGACGUCAGCCCCACCUCUGCGGGCAUGUGCCGAAUUCUGGGGGACCUGAUGAGGACAAUGCCCGUUCUCAGUCCUGGAAACACCCAGACGCUGACAGAGCUGGAGCUGAAGUGGCAGCACUGGCAUGAGGAAUGUGAGCGUCAUCUCCAGGAUGGCACGUUCGCCUCCAGUCCUCACCUGGAGUCUCUCUGCAAGAUCAUGCUGGGAGAUGAAGCUGCCUUGUUGGAGCAAAAGGAACUUCUGAAUAACUGGUAUCAUUUCCUAGUGACCCGGCUCCUGUACUCUCAUCCCACAGUAAAACCCAUUGACCUGCACUUCUAUGCCCAGUCCAGCCUUGACCUGUUUCUGGGAGGAGAGAGCAGCCCAGAACCCCUGGACAACAUCUUGAUGGCGGCCUUUGAGUUUGACAUCCACCAAGUGAUCAAGGAGUGCAGCAUUGCCUUAAGCAACUGGUGGUUUGUGGCCCAUCUGACAGACCUGCUGGAUCACUGCAAGCUCCUCCAGUCACACAACCUCUACUUCGGAUCCAACAUGAGAGAGUUCCUCCUGCUGGAAUAUGCCUCCGGCCUGUUUGCUCAUCAUAGCCUCUGGCAGUUGGGAGUGGAUUACUUCGACUACUGCCCUGAGCUGGGCCGAGUUUCCUUGGAGCUGCACAUUGAGCGGAUCCCUUUGAGCACUGAGCAGAAAGCCCUUAAGGUGCUGCGGAUUUGUGAGCAGCGGCAGAUGACUGAGCAAGUUCGCAGCAUUUGUAAGAUCUUAGCCAUGAAAGCUGUCCGCAACAAUCGCCUGGGCUCUGCCCUGUCUUGGAGCAUCCGAGCCAAGGAUGCAGCCUUUGCCACGCUGGUGUCAGACAGGUUCCUCAGGGAUUACUGUGAGCGAGGCUGCUUUUCUGAUCUGGAUCUCAUUGACAACCUUGGGCCAGCCAUGAUGCUCAGUGAUCGACUGACAUUCUUGGGAAAGUACCGUGAGUUCCACCGAUUUUAUGGGGAGAAGCGCUUUUUUGAUGCGGCUUCUCUUCUCCUGUCAUUGAUGACUUCUCAGAUUGCUCCACGAUGUUUCUGGGUAACACUACUAACAGAUGCCCUGCCCCUUUUGGAACAGAAACAGGUGAUUUUUACAACAGAGCAAACAUAUGAGCUGAUGAGAUGUCUGGAGGACUUGGCCUCAGGAAGGCCAGUGCGGGGAGAGCCUGGUGCUCAGCGACUCCAGGAGGACAUAGAGAACACCAAGCUGGAAAUGCUGAGACUUGCUCUUGCGCGAAAUCUUGCCCGGGCCAUUAUAAAAGAAGGCUCACUGGAAGGCUCCUGAGGCUAGCCAAGAGCUGCUGUAGCCUGGCAUCUUUGUAUGACAAUGUAUAUAAAUUUUUGAAAGAAUAAAAACAUUUUUUUCCCCCUCAAA